GAACUUAACUGGAAAGGGCAACAAGGGGACGUCGUGAAGUAAUGAAAGUAGUCUGUAUUUUAUUCUGGAUGGUGGAUUAUAGGGUAUAUGCUCCUGUCAAAACUCACGGAGCUAAAUGCUGAAGAUCUGUCUUUCCGUUUUAGGUAUAUUAUACCUUAAUUUAAAAAUAAAAGCAAGAGUAUUCGACGGUCCCUUUUCAGUGAGAUUCUCUUUGUACAGAUCAGAGUGGGGAUCCACACGGGACCAGUCUUAGCAGGUGUGGUGGGAGACAAGAUGCCGCGGUACUGUUUGUUCGGUGACACUGUGAACACGGCUUCUAGGAUGGAGAGUCACGGGCUUCCCAAUAAAGUGCACCUCAGCCCCACGGCCUACAGAGCUCUGGAGAAUGAAGGGUUUGAAAUAGUUGAGAGGGGUGAAAUCGAAGUGAAAGGGAAAGGGAAAAUGACCACCUACUUUCUGAUCCGGAACCUGCAUGCCUCGGAGGACGAGAUCAUGGGCAGACCUCACAGCCGGCUUGAUCACAAGGAAGCAAGUACUCAAGGACGUCAAGACAGAGCAGCUGUUGCCAUCAUGCAGUACAAGGACAGUAGGCAGCUGUCCCUGAAGAGUGACACAGCAGAUGGUGAGUUCACUGACCACUACAGACACCCCCAGCGCUGCGGGGCAGGAGAAUCGGUGGGUUCAGAGGUGUGGCUCGUGGGGGGGUGGGGCAGCUCAGGUGGAGUCCCUGCCUUUAUACAGCAUGCGUUUUAG